CGCUGUCCCCGCCCCCGCCCCUUCCACCCGGUCCUUCCCCGCGGAGCGUGGCUCAGUCCCUGGUGCGCAGCAGGAGGGCGAUGGCGCUGUCGCGGGUGGAGCGCGUGCUGGUCCUGGCGCUGCGGCUCUUCUCCUUCGCCUACCUGGGCCUGGUCAGCCUGGUCUCGCAUGCCUCCGCCGCCCUCGCCUCGCUGGCCUCCGUCUCGGCCUCGCCCCCGCCCUCCAAGGCGGCCCAAGCGCCCCCCACGCCCACCACGCCCUGCAGAGUCCGCCGCGUGGUCCCGCCGACCCAGCACCCGCUCCUCCUCCUCUCCGCCCGGGAGCUGGCCCGCAGGAUCCGCCGCAAGGAGGUGUCAUGUGUGGAAGUCAUUGCAACGUACAUUGCGAGGAUUAAGCAGGUCAACCCAUUGAUCAAUGCCGUUGUCAGAGACAGGUGAGUCUUAUCAAACCCAAAUGUGGAUAGCGGUA